CUUACUCUUAUGGCAUAAACACUUUCCUCUGUUUUGGGUUGUGUUGACAGUCUAGCUUCCACAUCAGGAUUGCAGUAGAGCGCAUAUCGUUUUUUUAUAUUUGUAGUUGCAGUAUGGUUUCGUUCUGUGUACAGUAACUUACGCGGAACUUCAUUUCAGCAGGCCUUCUUUUUGCUUUAUUGUUUUGAGUACGAAGAAGCACCUGUCUGCAUUGCUAUGGCAGCCGCAGUAAAUGAUGGAGCGAGUGGCGAUUUCUCAGAGAGUCAGUGUUCGGGUUGGACAGAAUCUCAGCUUCGCAAGUACCCCUUUCACACCAAACAAAUCCCCAGGCUGUCUUAUACAGACCCUCGGGCAGAGAUGUUAAUAGAUAAUGAGGAACCGGUUGUUUUGACAGACACCAACCUUGUAUAUCCAGCUCUAAAAUGGGAUAUUGACUAUCUUCAAGAAAACAUUGGAGGUGGGGACUUUUCUGUGUAUUGUGCCAAGACUCACAAAUUCUUGUACUAUGAUGAGAAAAAAAUGUCUAAUUUUGAAAACUUUACUCCAAUGUCACGGAGACUGGAAAUGAAGUUUUGUGAAUUUGUGGAAAGGAUGCAAAGGGCAGAAGAAACUGGACACGGAGAAAGAUUAUAUUUACAACAAACAUUGAAUGACACAGUUGGUCGAAAAAUUGUAGUGGAUUUUCUAGGAUUUAACUGGAACUGGAUUAAUAAACAGCAAGCAAAACAUAACUGGGGACAGUUAACAUCUAAUUUGCUUCUUAUAGGCAUGGAAGGUAAUGUAACACCUGCUCACUAUGAUGAGCAGCAGAAUUUUUUUGCACAAAUUAAAGGUUACAAAAGAUGCAUACUCUUUCCGCCGGAUCAGUUUGACCGAUUGUAUCCAUUUCCAGUUCAUCAUCCUUGUGAUCGGCAAAGCCAGGUUGAUUUUGAGAACCCAGAUUAUGAAAAAUAUCCUAAUUUUAAAAAUGUUAUUGGGUAUGAAGCUGUAGUGGGCCCAGGAGAUGUACUUUACAUACCAAUGUAUUGGUGGCAUCAUAUUGAGUCAUUAUUAAAUGGAGGGACAACUAUAACAGUAAACUUUUGGUACAAGGGUGCACCCACCCCAAAAAGGAUAGAAUACCCCCUGAAAGCUCAUCAAAAGGUUGCUAUUAUGAGAAAUAUAGAGAAAAUGCUUGGAGAAGCUUUAGGUGAUCCACAUGAGGUUGGGCCAUUAUUAAAUGUGAUGGUCAAAGGAAGAUAUGACCAAGAUUUGAGUUAGUAGCUGCUAUUUUUUUUUUUCUUUCAGUCAUUUACAUGAAGUGGAAAUGCAAACAAAACUAAUGGUCAAAACUGGUGUGAGAGCCUGUGUGCGUGUAUAUGUGAACUUUAAAAUUAUUCUGCAUGGUAGCACCUGGACAUCCCUUCCACUUUGACACUUUUCAUCCAUUAACUGCUACAAUGUAUUGUCAUAUUUAUAUCACUUGGAACAUUAAAGAUGACAAUGUUCGACAUGUCUGCAUUGAAUUUGCUCAAGUAAUAUACAUCUGGGGAAGUUACUAAUUACCUCUCAGACCUCUGAACAGACUUGGUGGAUGAAUUCGAUUUUUUUUCCAAUUUUUUUGCAUGUAAUAAAGAAAAUUAAAUAAUGAAAAGGAUCUGAUCCCAUGAAAUGAUGACAGAUUUUUUUUUUCUUUAUGAACAUGUGCCUGUAGCUUUUUUCUGCCUUUUUGAAUUCCUUCCCAUUAUUAUAUACUAGUGUUUUUUAAAGUAUGAUUUGUUAUAUUGGUGAUUAGAAAAACAAAAAAAAAAACAUUUUUAUAACUUUAAAUGUGUUUAUGAUGAUAUUUUUCCACAUUGAAUGAAUAGCUGUUGUUGGAGAAACCCUAUGCCCUAAAUUUGUGUUUCUGUUGUGCUACUGACAAGGUUAACUGUAUAUAGUAUACAAUAAUACUGUAGUAGAUCCACAAAUCUAAAUCUAAGUGGAGCUACAUUUCCUGUUAAUGUAUUCUCCAAAUCAGUCUCUAAUCUUGCAUUAUGUAGACCCCCUUUUCUUUAAUUAGUCACCUUGCUCAUUUUGUAUGCACUGCUCUAACACUUACUACUUAUUUACUACAUAUUUACAUGGCUGUUGUAACAAAUGGCGUGUGUACGUUUAAAAAUCAUGAACAUUUAGGGCUGUACCAAUAUCUCAUCAGGAUUCUUCUGCAUUUUUAAGCUGUUGCCCAUUUUGGGUACUUCCAUAGCCAGUCCUCCUUGAAUGCAGACAGACCUAUUUAUGAAUAACAAUGUAUUCUUCUCAGGAACAGUGUAUAUUUGCCCUAAGUAUUCUUGUCUUUUAAUUACAAAGUGUCAGCAUUAUUUAGAAGUGUAAUUAGUAAAUAAAAAGAAGAGUGGGGAAAGAUAAAAUAGUGUUUACAUCUAUGCUUUGCACACACGUGUCAAAGGAAACUUCCAAAGCCUCCAUAUUAGUGGCGGUGCAAACUAGUAAAUGUAGAGAUUAGUUGCAAUGAAAACCAGCAGGCACUGUGAUCUUUUAAAGUCUGGAUUUAGUCCUCUCUGCUUUAACCAAAAAUAGGUUAUUGGAUUAAAGGACUAGUCUUGUUAAAUCAUUAUGUCUAUAAAGAUCAUAUUGUUUAGCAUGCAGAGAGAAAUAUUUAAAUACGCCCAUCAGUUUGUUAUGUUUUGAAUUUCCAAGCAAAUGCUUCAAAUUUUAUUGUUUAAAUUUUAGAAUUAAUAGUACAUAAUUUUUCUCAACUGCUUAAAGGAUGUUACAUUAUGCAAAUGAUUAAGAGUUUGAGAAUUGUAAUGCUGUCUUAUGAAAAUGAUUUAUAAUGGAUGGAUGCUUUUAAGAACAGUGUGCACUCCUUAACUGAAAGUUAAUGUUUUAAAAUUUAUUUAUCUGAGUGUUAUUAUAUGUAGGACUGCAUAUUUUUAUUGCGGCAGUGUUUGGAAUACUAUGUUCACAAAUAGUCAAUUAAGGUGGAGAUGUAUUGCAUGUUGUUUUAAGGAAUUAGAAUAUUAAAUCAUUAUUUUUUUCUGUAUACAGUGAUAACAUACUAGCCUUAAAAAGACUACCUUACCACUGGUAGUGAUAUAGUAUCAUGUUAAUUAAUUUCACAGUUCUGUGAGGCAGAUAAUAUUUCUGAUGGCACUAUGUUUCCCAUAAAAAGUCGACUAACUAGAUACAUGUGAGAAUGUCGAGGUCAGUUUCCUGUUUGGUUGGCCUGUAUUUGACAUAACUGAUGGACACCAUUUUUUAAUAAAAUAAGCUGUUUUAUAUGCCUUCUUGUA